AGUGAACGCAGCACGCGGCUUCCCUUCGUCACAGCGUGUCUCGCGCACAGAAGAGAAGCAGCAGCGAGUGAGGAACCUUCUGUUGCCCCCCAGGAUGACGAGCCUCCAGCUGAGCGCGGAGGAGGAGGCGGUGGCGAUGUUCCUGGACGCCGCCGCCAGGGGGGACGUGAGGCGCGUCUCCGAGCUGCUGAGCGGCGCCCCGUCGCUCAUCAACCGGUCGGGACGCAGCGGCUGGACGGCGCUGAUGCUCGCCGCUCGCAACGGACACUACGAGGCGGCGGAGGUGCUGCUGUCUCACGGGUGCGACCGGCUCUGCGUGAACGCCUCAUCGCAGAGCGCCCUCGACGUGGCCAGGUUCUGGGGCCACCGCCACAUCGCCGCCCUGCUGGCCGGGGCGGAGGGCGUCCCGCCGACCUCCGACCUCCACCCGCGGGAGAACUACUUCAGCAGGGAGACGCUGGACCGGCUGAGCGCCAAGAGGACCGACAAGGUGUGGCUGGAGGAGAGGCGGAGCCACCCGGACUCCGUCUACCUGCUGUUCUCCAACCUCAGCCCCAUGGUCAGCCCCGCCCAGGAGGAGGGGGGCGGCGCCGAGCAGGUGAAGACCAAGUUGUGUCGGCUGAGAUACGAGGCGGUGAAGGACCUCCUCCAGAAACCCGCCACUGUGCUCAUCUUCCUGGGAGUGGAGCGGGGGAAGCAGCCCUGCUCUUCUCCCUCCUCCUCCUCCUCUCCCACCCCUGCGUGGUUCGCCAUCAACACGGAGGAGGACGCCGGCGAGCUCCUCAAGCGCUUCGGGGAGAAGAACCACUGUUUCACAAAGACGCCCAACAGAGACCUGCUGAAGCUCAGCGAGGACGAGGCCGGAGUCGUGGCCCAGGCUCGGGCGGUGCUGGCCUGGCACAGCCGCUACUCCUUCUGUCCCACCUGCGGCAGCGGCACCGUGCUGGAGGAGGGGGGCUACAAGAGGAGCUGCCUGAGCGCCGACUGCAGGAGCCGGAAGGGGGUCCACAACACCUGCUACCCGCGAGUCGACCCGGUGGUCAUCAUGCUGGUCAUCCACCCUGAUGGAGACCAGUGUCUACUGGGCAGGAAGAACAUCUUUCCAGUCGGCAUGUUCUCCUGUCUGGCUGGAUUCAUAGAGCCCGGGGAGACACUGGAGCAGGCGGUGCAGAGGGAGGUGGAGGAGGAGAGCGGGGUGAAGGUCGGCCCGGUGCAGUACGUCUCCUGCCAGCCGUGGCCGAUGCCGUCCAACCUGAUGAUCGGCUGCCUCGCCGUCGCCACGUCGACCGCCAUCAAGGUGGACGAGGACGAGAUCGAGGAGGCUCGCUGGUUCCCGCGGCAACAAGUGAUCGACUCCCUCUUGGGAACCAGUCCCGCCUUCACCGUCCCCCCCAGACAGACCAUCGCCCACCAGCUCAUCAGACACUGGACCGGCAUGAACUCCAACCUCUGACCUUCGGUGUGCGACCAUUAAUCACAGGAGGUGGAAACUUUAAGAAAAAUGGGAAAGCUUAGGAAGAAAUGGAGAAAGUGCGUAACGGCGCGAUAUUAAAGUGAUCCGAUCAAUCUCAAACUCCUCUGAAGCUUCAGGUCUCUUUGUCCAAUUAAGUGUCGACCUUCUUGUCAACUGGAAAUAUUAAAGGAAACUAACUCACACUUUGUCUGACAUCAUGA